UACUUUAAAACUUACAAAAAUAAUUGUGGUUAAGUAGAUCGCCGAAUUGUUUGAAGUCUGUAUUUGCGAACUGGAUUAUUUCGACAAUUAAUAGAAUUAACAGGAGUAUAGCAAUGACUAUUUGUACGGGUUACUUAGCACGAUAGAACAAAUAAAUGAUAUGUGCAACUAUCAUUUAGAUUUAGGGCAAAAAGUGAACAGUUAGAAAUAUAUUUAAAAAGACACAGAAAAACAGUAUAUAUGUGUUAUUAGUUUAGAUUUACAUGUAUUGAGAAGUGAAAGAAAGAAAAUACUUUGUAUUUUAAUCAUAAGAGCAUAAAAUGGAAUUACGAAAGGAAAGAUAGCAGCGGUAUACUCAAAAUGUACAGAAACAGGGGUUUCGUUCAGCGCUUGGUGUAUUGCCAACUGUUUUUAUUUUAUCAUUUUGUGACGGUUGAAAGUCAGUCGACGCACACCCAACACGUCAAAGAGUUGAAAGUAGCAUUUAACGGAUACGAUCCGGAAAACCGCCCUGACGUCAACAUGAACGUCACAGUUACGUUUUCGGUGACGUCAAUUUCAGAUGUAGAUAUAGACACGGGCCAAAUCACUGUGGCAGGGACAUUUAUAAUGACAUGGAGUGAUCCACUUUUCCAAUGGGACAGCGCAGUAAAGACUCCGCCUAUAGAGUACGUGUUCUACCGGAAGUCGUCCAUAUGGACCCCUGUACUCGUUGUUGACAGCGCAAUCGACCAUGUAACUUUACUCGGAGAUGAAUAUGAAAUGUUGCGAGUCGGCAAUGAUGCAGUCAUCCAAUGGGAACCUGCGGUUGUUUCCCGCACGCACUGUGACGUCAUCAUGACAGGGGCAAUCCCGGACUACUUACAGUGUCGGCUAAGGUUGUCAAGUUGGACAUACAGCGACAGCGAGGUUAAACUAAUGCACCACUCGACCAGUAUUUCAACAGCCCAUCUUCAGAUGGACUCCCAGACAAGCAUUGGCUCUUCUGGGGCUGGGAGCGUCACUGUCAACGACCCUCGUGGUGAAUUCAGUAAAACUUACCUUAGCUACACAAUGGAAAUAAAGCUGAACAAAGAAAUAUUUACCUUAUCUUGGCACAUCGUGUUGACCUACGUCAUCCUCACGUGCGCGCACCUGCUGGUAUUCGUUACGCCCACUGAUCACGUGAACCAACCAGGCUUCUCAGCAACUAUUCUCAUGGCGAGUGCGGUGUACCUCGCUCUUAUAUAUACAUAUGUAUCCUCCAUCCUUCCUUCUACAACUCGACUAGUAUCUCACCUUGAGUUACACAUGUUUGCACAUUUUAUCCUUAUAAUCCUCGAGUCCAUUGCUGGCACGUUCAUCCAUCGUCUACGCCGCCGACAUAAUUCUGGUGUUCCCGUCCCAUCUUCCUCCCAGAAGUUCGCUCGCUCAGUGCUCGCCAAACUAUCUUUUCAAUGCUGUUGCUAUGGCGACGAAACGCUUGGAUCCUUUGACUUUGACCUUGAGGACGAGGAAACUCCGAGAGAGCGACCAAAACAAUUGAGCCCAAGGAGGUCGCAGAUGCCCUUGCGGACUCGGGUAAGCCCAACUGCCCUUAGUCUGGCCAAAGGCGGGGAACGCGACGGCCGAGACCCGGGGUUUUAUAGGAUAAAGAGCGCUUCGAGCACGACCAGUAAUAACAGCAGCAACGGUGACUCCUUGUCCUCCCCGAGUACAAUUUCCUCUCCAAAUUCUGAAUCAGAACUUACUAGAAGGUUUCUGCGAUACACCUGGAUGGACAUAGCCUCGAUGUGGAGUAGAGUUCUAUUCUUCAUGUUUGCUACUAUCAGACUUGUUCUGGUUAUUGUGAGCUUUCUCGUUGUGUAUGUCUCUUGUGAUAAAUCGUUUUGUUUGAAAUGAUACGUGAACUAUUUCGGUAGCGAAAGACUUCGUGUACUUGUAGAUCUAGGUGUAGCUGCAGAUGAAAAGUCGUUUGCGAAAAAACCUCGGACAAUUUCUAAUAAAUAAAUAUGCCUAUCAAAAUAAUGACAAAUGGCCAUAAGCAUUCACAUUCUUUAAGUUCAUGAGUUCAGUACGGCGCAUUAGCGUUGCAUCGCUCUGCAAAAUUCCGUCAAGUUCAAUUUUGGCCAAAUAUAGUACAAGCAAGUCUAAAAGAACAAUUUUCAUAUUUAUUCUUAAAAAAAGUAAUUGAGAAUUACACUCACUUUCUUCUUUGUUUACAUCGGUUUUGGCCCGUGGUGACACAUGUGGGAACCCCACUGAAGUCACGUGAUUCCUCACACUGAUAACACUGAUUUUGUUGAUCAAAGAUUCACAUCUUUAUUUACUUUGUGUUAACAAUAUGAAUACUCUUUCCGAUUUACUGUUUACAAAUAAAAGUUGAAUACCAUGAAAA